CCAUUCCUAACCAAAAAUGCAAACAAAACAACAAUUUAUUUGCCUUUCAACUUACCUCGCUUGUCCUUGAAACUGCCAAAGUCAACUGAAGAGUAGCACGCCUACUCUCUCUCUCUCUCUCCCUCUCUCUCUCUCUCUCUCAAUUUUUUUUGGGCUGGCACCAGCCUUGGAGUAUUCUUACAGUGAUAUAUGGUGAUAGUUCAAACAGAAACAGAGGAAGUAACUGAUCAAGUUGGCCGUCAAAGCAGCGUAAGAAGAGAACAAGAAGUUGGCCCCAGCCAAGAAUAUGGCAACACCACCGAGGACGACAACAACGACGAGGAGCUUCUUACAAUGAAUAUCAAGAAACUAAGGAAUGCAGCAAAUUGGGAAACUUCCAUUGCAAUGGGGGAAUACAGUAGCGAAUCAUAUUUGGAGAUUGAUAAAGUACCUUCUCCUAGGGGAAAUAAAGCAAGGAAAGUCUCAGUGCUGCCCCUUGUUUUCCUCAUCUUCUACGAGGUAUCAGGGGGGCCAUUUGGGGCUGAGGAUACCGUACGAGCAGCCGGGCCGCUUCUAGCCCUAAUCGGGUUUUUGGUAUUCCUAUUUGUAUGGAGUGUACCAGAGGCCCUAAUAACUGCAGAGUUGGGCACCAUGUUUCCAGAAGACGGUGGCUAUGUGGUUUGGGUUUCAUCCGCAUUGGGCGAAUAUUGGGGGUUUCAAGAAGGUUGGAUGAAAUGGCUAAGCGGGGUAAUCGAUAAUGCCCUAUACCCGGUUAUGUUUCUUGAAUAUCUGAAAUCGGCAAUCCCAGCUUUAUCUGGUGGUUUACCAAGAGUCGGUGCAACGCUGGGCUUGACUGCUCUCCUCACUUAUAUGAAUUAUAGGGGAUUAAACAUAGUGGGAUCGGCUGCUGUAGUGUUAGGAGUUCUCUCACUCCUUCCAUUCGGUCUGAUGGGAGUUAUCGCCAUCCCAAAAGUAAGGCCUUCAAGAUGGUUAGUGUUAGAUUUACACAAUGUUGACUGGAACUUGUACCUAAACACUCUAUUUUGGAACUUGAAUUACUGGGAUUCAGUGAGCACAUUAGCUGGAGAGGUGGAUAAUCCGGAAAAGACUCUACCAAAGGCUCUAUUCUAUGCUUUUAUCCUUGUUGUUUGUGGGUAUUUUUUUCCUUUACUAAUUGGUACAGGAGCCGUACCACUUAACCUUGACUUGUGGACUGAUGGGUACUUUUCAGAUAUUGCCAUGACGGUUGGUGGAGUAUGGUUGAGGUUUUGGAUUCAGGGGGCAGCCGCAAUGUCAAAUAUGGGGAUGUUUGUGGCUGAGAUGAGCAGCGACUCUUUUCAACUUCUUGGUAUGGCAGAGAGAGGGAUGCUUCCCGAGUUUUUUUCCAAGAGAUCACGUUAUGGAACUCCUCUAGUUGGAAUCUUAUUUUCAGCUUCUGGGGUUAUUUUGCUUUCAUGGCUGAGUUUUCGAGAGAUAGUAGCAGCGGAAAACUUUUUGUAUUGUUUUGGAAUGGUUCUAGAGUUGGUAUCAUUUGUAAGGUUAAGGAUGAAAUACCCAGCUGCAUCUCGGCCUUAUAAGAUACCUGUGGGAACAGUUGGAUCAAUCCUCUUGUGUGUUCCUCCAACCAUGAUGAUUUGUGUUGUGUUGGCUCUUUCUUCGCUCAAAGUGGCGGUUAUAUGCAUCGUUGCUAUGCUGAUUGGGCUAGUGUUGCAGCCUUGCCUCAAGCACGUUGAGAAAACAAAAUGGCUCAAUUUCUCAGAGAGUUCUGAUCUCCGUGAUCUUCAUGGUGUUGCUCAAGAGGAUACUGAAUCUUUGAUUAAGUAAUAAAUUGCAGUCCUACAUCUGCCGACAAAAGAAAUGUUAUUUCUUCAUCAAGCUCUUGAAAGGGUUCCCGUGGAGGACAAGCUAGAAUCAUAGUUUUUGUAUGUCAUCAAGGUAUUUGCCCUGCUUAGAUGUUUAAAAGUGGUCAAUAUAUAGAAGCGACGGAUUGGAAUACUGACCUAGUUUGAAUCGACACUGUAAGUCUGUAACUAUGCGAUGAAAUUUUAGUCAUCUAAAGAGACUCAAGUUUGAGUCUUCUUUCACUUUCCUGUGAAAAGAAUUGCAAUGAAGUCGAUCAGUUGAACCU